AUGACGUCGCCCCUGAAGUUAGUGAAAAUAGAAAACAACAUACUGAAACGUACUAGAAGAGUCACUCAUAAAAUCCAACUAUCCUCACAACAAUUGUCUAAAGCGCCCACGAAGAAUCUGGCAUCAAUCGUUGCAUAUACCGUCACCUCUGAGAAGCACUUCAAAGUACUACUUGAGAAAAUGUCCAUCACCGCACCGACGCGACAAGCUCUCCGCCAUCUCCGAUAUCUCUGCUCUCUCGAGCCCGUCGCCACACGAGCACAACCGCGUGUCCGAAGUCAGUCGACACGAUCUAUACAGCAAGUCGUGAGAUUCCAGCAGCACAGAACCGUCAGCACGACCCCUGCUAAGCGCCAGGAAUCCCAUCCCUCGUCCUCCUCGACCGCUAGCGCCAACGAACGCGCCGCCUCUCUGCCCGACAUAAAAAAUUACUACACCCUGUUUCCCAAGACCCUUCCACAAGGCCCACCUCCCUCUGGCACGUUCAGCGUUCCCCUGGGUCCGCUGAAACGGGAGUUUUUGCAGCUGCAGUCACAGCAUCAUCCAGAUAAAUACACGUCGCAGCCAACUGCGCAUCAAAAAUCGCUAGCCUUAUCCUCAUUGCUAAACACCGCGUACAAGACGAUUUCAGACCCGCUUCUCCGCGCAAGAUACCUGUUACAUCACAACUAUGGCAUUGAUAUCACGUCCGAGGACAAUAGCACGCACAGUGGGUUGACCGACCAAGAGACGUUGAUGGAGGUUAUGGAGGCGCAAGAGGCCGUUGAAGACGCUGAGACUCAAGAGCAGGUUGAUGCCCUGAAAAUAGAGAAUCAGGCUAGGAUCGAUGAGACUGUCAAACUACUGGGCCAAGCGUUCGAACAUGAGGACGUCGAGGCAGCAAAAAAGGAAUGCAUUCGCCUGAACUAUUGGCGGAGCCUACAACAAGGCCUGCAUGACUGGGAGCCCGGGAAGGAAGUCAGAUUAAUCCAUUAAAAGCAUACUGCCUGAUCUAUCAUUGAAGCACCAAGAUACCCAUUGUUAGGCAUAAUAUCGACGACGACAAAUGAUCAUGGCUCCAACAGCCUUUGCCCAGUCAUCGCCAUAUCGUAACCAAUACUUCGGUGUCAAAACAGCAGUCGGUCAGCCAGACGUUUCCCAUCACCAUACGCCAAUAUCUCCUGCAAAGUUGUUGCGAUCUAUCACGCCUUUCGGGUCUCAAACAUCAGACUGGACCCUCUGGGUAGCAAACUGGGUCUACCACUGCUCUCAACAAUCCCACUCAUAGACUGCUUGAUGCUCUUGUUCAGGUCUGGCAUUAGCUUCCAUUUGGACGGCUCGACCAUGACGCUUUUGGCCUCUCUCUUACCAACUCUCGCUUCCUCGUCUGCCUUUUGCUUUCUGGAGGUAUGCCCAAUGCGUCCAGCUUCGAACCUCAUCUCUUCAGCGAGAUAGUUGGUCCAUUUGUCCUGUUGACUUUGUGGCCAAGUCACACUGACAGAGAACACCUCUCGAUCAGGAUCCUCCAGCAUGGGACUUCGGCCUUGCUUACGCCGGGACAGAAUCAAUCGGUCGAGACCGCAGAAAUUUUCGGUGUAACCCCAAGGUCUGAAUUUGCCGUUCUCUCGGACGAAGAAGUUGACGCCAAACUCGGUCCACGUGUGCUCGUAGUUCAUCUCAGGGAGAAAGCAGAUAUCCGACAUGAUAUUGCACAUCCAGUCUGGCACAUGGAGCACAUUUUCCAAGCGGAUUGUGUGGCUUUCCUUAUUUCCUGGGGCACGACGUAUCUUUAUUUCGACCGUGCCAAUGCCUCGGACGGUAACCUGACUUUGAUCGGCAAUCGUGAGGAUGUACGACUUGAAGGAGACAUAUGUGUUGAAGGCAGAACGAUCGAUGGCAAUAUGGACGUUCGAGGCUGUCGAGAAGAUCCAGUCAUAACACUGCUUCUGCUUCGGCUUUUUGACUGGCAUGCUGUAGGCAAUUCCGCGUCGGUCGGUGUAGUAAGAGCUUGGAUGGAUGUUGGAAAGUGGCAGGUCACCACGUGGAUCAAGUCUGAAAGCCAUUGUUUUCAGAAGACGUCCGUACAACGUAAUGCUAGGAAAUUCAUCCGACAAUACUCGAAUAAGGCUGGGGCAGCAGUUCGUCCAACGGCAAUCGUACAGCGAGUGAAAACCGGGGUAUAAGUGCAAUCAGAGAAGGACCUCACAAAAGGAGUGGACGGCUAGCCAAAAACCCAAGAUCGCCUCACCAGAAGGCAAACGAUUUGAGAAUGCAAAAGCGAUUUGAGAAUGCAAAAGCCUGAAGUAAGAUUAUUGAAAGCAUUGCCACCGAAGGUCCUGGAGAGUUGGCAGAUCGCUCCUGCUCAAGGAGCAAGCAUAAUAACCACAACGCCGGAAGGCACCAUCUUCGAGACAGUCUCAAGCAACUCAAGCCAGCAAAUCUGCUAUUGUAAUUGCAUCCGAAGGCAACAAAUAAAUCCGGCGCGCAAUAGCGGAUGACCGCCGGAAAUCGUCAGCUACCCACAGGUCGAGCAUCAACAAAACACUCCUUCAAAUUCAUAUCAGGAAAUGGGUACCUGGCAGAUUAUGGAAGACCACCAUAUCCGGACAGGUGAACAGGCUGAGCGACGACCCUUUAUCCGACGUAUGGCGGUGUGUUGCUCGGCUAGUCCAGUCACAGGCGAUCUUUGUGCUCUCUCGUAUUGUCUGAACUUGUGCAUGCAGAGUUGGUUGGACCGACCCGUGAAAGCAAGACUUGUGGCCAGACGAGAGGAAGAGUGGGCGUACUUGACUGUCAACUGAAUUCUGAGCCAAGCGAGUCUUUCACAACCAUAUUGCUGGAUGUUAUGGUCAUGAGCAUAUGAUCGCCUUCAAGCUGGCUACUGGAGUAACAACCAAUGCUUCGUUCAUUCAAGCACCCCGUGCUGGCUCUUUCGGGCGUCGACGAACAAUCUGGUGAGAGAAAUCGGUGCAUAAGAGGUCAGAUGCGCCAGAAGUCUGGCCUCGCUCGGCUAUAACUCGAGAUACGAGAAUCCGCAGGCCACAUCCAUUGAAAGUACAGCGCUCUCAUUUCAGGCCCAAAACAGAGGAGUUUGUCGGCGAUCUGCAAGUACGGCAAUAGUUUCGAUUGGAACAAUGGGCAAUUCGCCUGGCACAUUCUGACUCGGUGAAUUUUAUUAAGAAAAACCAGUCUAGGUGUCGACAAAGUCAUGACCUUCAUCCACCGGAUCCGUUGCCUAUCAAGCGACGUGAACCACCAUGCAAACAAUCGCGCACCGGCAUAUGCGGUCCAUUCCGACUUCACACGAGAAGGGCCGUUCAAUUGGCUGCAAUCGACGAUCAAACAUGCCGCAGAGGUCGAGCGUCUCUCGCGUUGGCAAGGUU